AUGGCCAUACGGGAACUUAAAGUGUGUCUUCUAGGGGAUACAGGAGUGGGCAAGUCUAGUAUUGUAUGUCGUUUUGUGCAAGACCAUUUCGACCACAACGUCAGUCCAACAAUAGGGGCAUCGUUUUUAACCAAGACAGUGCCGUGUGGACAUGAACUACACAAGUUCCUCAUCUGGGACACAGCGGGACAGGAAAGGCCAUACUUCCUGGUUCCGAUGGUAUCUGUCCAAUCACUGCUCAAGUGGCUUUUCUUGACUGUUUCCGUGUACUACAGAGGCUCUGCCGCUGCUGUCAUAGUCUAUGACAUCACCAAACUGGGAAGGAACGCAUCAAUAUUCUGCGACUCAUUCCAGACACUAAAGAAAUGGGUGAAGGAGCUGAAGGAGCACGGUCCUGAGGACAUCAUUGUAGCCUUGGCAGGGAACAAGAAGGAUUUGGGGGACAUCAGGGAAGUUCCUAUGAAGGAAGCUAAGGACUUUGCUGAGUCCAUUGCAGCUAUCUUCAUGGAGACCAGCGCCAGAAACGCUGUCAACGUGGAGGAGCUCUUUCAGAAGAUCAGUAAACAGAUACCGCCUCUGGAGAAUCCAGACGUUGACAGCAACGAGUCCUUCAAGAUAACCCGGCAGCCCCCUCCGUCUAAUCAACUCUGCUGCUAG